CCAGCGAGGUCACUGUCAGCGCCAAGCGGGCACUCGCUCUCACGGCCAGCAUGUGGCAGCUGCUGCCGCCCGCCGUCCUGCUGCUUCUGGCGUCAGCCAGCACCGAAGCUGAAGGUGUCCAGAAGGCGGUGGUGUCCCUGCAUCCGGAAUGGGACAGGCUGCUCGAGAUGGACAAUGUGACUCUGAGGUGCCAGGGGGCCCAGGCCGAGGGGAGCAGUUCCACACGGUGGUGGCACAAUGGUCACCUCCUGCCAAACCAGACCUCCAGCUACUUCAUCGAAUCAGCCAGCGUGAACGACAGCGGGGAGUACAUGUGCCAGACCAGCCUCUCCAAUCUCAGCGACCGGGUGCAGCUCCAAGUCCGUGCCGCCUGGCUGCUGCUGCAGGCCCCGCGGUGGAAGCUGCGGGAGGGGGACCCCCUGGUGCUGCGGUGCCACAGCUGGAAGAACAAGCGCGUGCACAACGUCCAGUACUUCCAGGACGGCAGAGGCAGGCAGUUCUCCUACAACAACUCCGCCUUCCACGUCCCCAGGGCGUCCCGCAAGCACAACGGCUCCUACUUCUGCCGGGGCCUCAUCGGGAAGCUGAACGUGUCCUCCGAGGCGGUGGUCGUCCUGGUGGAAGUGCUGGCCAUCUCACGCGUCUCCCCAGGGCACCUCGUCCUGCUCUGCCUGCUGCCGGGACUCCUAUUUGCCAUGGACACGGGGCUGUACUUCUCUGUGCGGAGAGGCCUUCGAAGCUUAUUGAGGAACAGGACAAAUGACAAUGUCACUUGGAGCAAGAGCCUCCAGGACAAGCAGGAGCAAUAAACGAAGACCCUCUGACCUU